UCCUCUUGGAAAAUCAACUGGGAUUUGUGGUCAGCGCAGAUACAUACCUACAUACAUAUGUACAUAUAUAGGUAUGUAUGUGCAUAUGGCUGAAGGAUGUAAUUUCAGGAAUAUGCGGUUUCAUAUCGAUACACAGACAGGUGCUUUCUCAAGACAGCAUAUGACUUGUUAAUUUCUAGAACUUGGCGGACCUGAGCCUCAUUAUAGGUUUCCAGUUGACUUUGGUAGUCCUGGCAAAUAUAUCCAUCUCCUUUUUAGCCAUCAAGUGGGCAACAGGAAAAUGGUGGCACCUUUUUAACCAUCAUUCAGGAGCAGCAAAAGUCUGGCUUCGCUUUUUGUUCUCUUUCGGUGUCUAAUUAGAGGCUGACUAAUUGAUGAGUGGCCCCUUUCGCUGCGCAUAAAAAAAAAGAAAGGAAACCGAAGGACACAAGUGAUUGACAAGCAGUUUCAUUGUAAGGACAAUGCCCGCCCUGGAGUCAGUCAAGUCACGACCAAAAAAGAAGAAAAUAGGAGCCAGCAAAUUGCUAUCCCUGCUUUUUGCAUCAUCCUCCGCAAUGUUUUUGGGCCCGCCUAUCCUUUGUCCCAGUGGUGGCCGCCGUUCCCCUCACCCCCCCUACUGACCGCAAUGUAUGGCCCGGGCAUUAUUCAAAGGACGAAACCUCGUCGCAUCCUUGCCGUUUCGCUCGCUGGUAAAACAAGCGCGAAAACAUAAUGAGCAUAUAAAUAGACAAACAAUCACCAACCAAAGUUCCACCGCAGGACCUACAGGACAUACAGCCCACCCACUAGGACCUAUCACACCGUUAUCCACCACACAGCGAGUGGCAGCCCCCCAAAACUUGCAACUGGUUGAAGGAAAAAUAGCGAAAAAGCAAAGGAAGGACGCAACCAAAGUGUUGCCAUAGAAUAAAGUGAAGCGGAAACGGAUAUAUAUCCUCUACCCAACUCUCUCGCUAUAUAAAUAAAUAUAUACAUAUAUACUGGCAAGAUGCCGUCGCCAACAAUAAAUAAAACAGGACGCAGUGUUGCCAAUACGCUGCAACUUCUGGCAAUCGCUCUCUCCUGCUGUUGUCUGCUGGUGAAUGGCCAACAGCAACAGCAGCAGCAGCAACAACACUUGAAGUACCAGCAAUUGCAAUAUCAAAUGCAGCAGCAAUAUGAAUACCAGCAGCAGCAGCACUAUCAGCAGCAGUUCCAGCAACAGCAACAGCAGCAGCAGCAGCAAUUGACACCCACAGCAGCAUUGGUCCAGCUACAGCAGCAGCAGCAACAUGAGGAGCAAAUCGACCUGCUGUCCACUCAGCCAACUCAGCUCCUUCAAACGGGUGUCUCCCUGAUUGUGGACGAUGGCAAGGGAUCUGGUGAUGGCAAUGGCAGCGGAAGUGCAAGUGGAAGUGGAAGUGGAACCAACCGUCGACGCAUUGCCCAGCUGGGUGCACGCAAACGGAAGCGUCGCCCUCAACUUCCGCUGGCCACCAUGGGCGCCAACGAAGAGGACUCCGCCGAUUCCAGUUCCAAUUCCGGCUCCGGCUCUGCUUACUGGCGCGGCCAUGUCGAGGAUGAUGCAGAUGCCCUGCGGCGACGCAAGCAACCGCUGGUGAGGGAACCCAUGGCGGCCCUAGAGCGUGAUCGAGAGAAGCAGCGCCAGCGAGUGGCAGAGCCCACGGAUGCCACGGCCCAGGCAACCAGCAGCAAGGCCUACCGUCGUCCCUAUGGCCAGGCCAAGAAAGAACCCACACCCACAGUCCUAACCGAGCCGGUGGUGGCCACCAAGACAUCGGUGGAUCUAAAGAAUAUCCUCAAGAAUUCCGGUGGCCUGAGUCUCAGCGAGAUUCUGCAGCAAAAGAACCUCUCCCUGGAUGAUCUCCUCAAGGGCAAGCAGAAUGCUUUGCUGGCUUUGCAGACCACAGCGGUGGCACCCGCCUCCACAUACUCCUCGCCAGCGGAGACCUCCUCCUCCUCCUCCGCCGUGGGCUACCGAAAGUCACCCAUACAGCUGAAUAAGCAGGGUGUACGGCGAUUGCCAGCAGCCUAUACCACCACCUCCACCAGCUCUGGGAAUGAGGAGGAGAAGAACAAGGGGAAAUAUACCAGCGCUUUGCAGCGCUUGAAGCUCUUUGGCAGCUCUUCGCGGGAGAGCAGCACCACAAGACGCAGCUCUAGCAGCACCACCACAGUUCCCACUAGCAGCAGCAGCAGCAUCAGCACUUCAACCACCACUCGAGUGCCGCUCUACAAGAAGAGACAGCAUCUAAGGUCCACUUUAAAGCCACCAGGACUCUUUAAGGUCAUGGUGAGCACUCCUACGACAACGACGGCGGCGGCAAGCACCACUCAGGAGGCGGAGACCAGCACAGUUUACUCCACAACCACGGCGGCUAGUAGUCAGGAGCAGAGCGAGGAGGAGAACGAAGAGCAGGAUAAGGAGCAGGAGCAGGAAAAGGAGCAGGACCAGCAACAGGCAGAGGAACAGCCAGAGCAGGAUCAGGAUCAGGAGCAAGAGCCAGAGGAAGGCAAUUCCCAGCAAGAGCCAGACGAAGAGCCCGAAGAGCAGGCGGAUUCUGGGGAGAGCAGUUCUCCAACGGAGGCACCUUCAGCUUCUCCCGCUCCAUCUCCUUCAUCCUCACCCUCACCUUCACCCUCUCCUUCACCUUCACCUUCUCACCCUCUUCCUCCUGGCGGCAAUCCCCGCUAUCGCCUGCGCAACUCCAGCAUCAAGGAGCAGAACCAGAAGCGUCUAAAGGACAACUUUAUAGGUCACUACGAUCGCAAUGUGUUGGACAGUGUGGAGGAGCUGGAACAGCCCAGCUCCACAGCAGCAGCUACACCAGGAAGAGAAUCUCCUGUAAAUCGAAGCAGCGAGGAGAUCAACGAUGGCGACGAUGAGCUAGAGAACUUUUUUGAUGAAGUUGAGAGUCACACGCAUCACACCCGUGUCCCGGCACCUCCAGCUUCUCCGCCUGCUCCCUCUGCCAUUGCUCCAGCACCCUCUGCCUCCUCUGGCUCCUUUGAGCCACCUUCACCAGCUUUUCCCUUGCCUGGCAAACCACCACAGCAACUCAACAUCAUUGACGAUGUGGACGAUCGCACCGAUCUCCUGGAGCUCAUCGAGGAUCGACGUUCGGGCAAUCGCUUGUUCAAGGUUCUGGAGCAACGCAACAUGACUUUGGAGGAGCUAAUCGAGCAUCGAAAGCGUGGGUCUAGCCAGCUUCAUCUGUCCACCAUUGUGAGCGGCGGCGAUGAGCACUCGCGGCUGUAUCCCGGGCAGAAGGUGCUGCUGCAGGACAACAUGGACAUUGUCACCGCCUUUGAGAAUUUCCCACACUUCAAUCUGAUGGACCUGAAGAGCGUCAAGCCCGACGAGAUAAAGACGGACUCGCAGGGCUCCAGCUACUUCACCUCCAUCAUUGACAUUGAGCCCAAUGACGAAGUGGUCAAGCCAUCGAGCGGGAAUCGAGGUCCUGCCUAUGCACCGGCAUCCUCCUCCUCAUCGGCCACCAUCGGUGUGGGCACUGGGACCAUAUCCAUCAAUCAGCGAGGCGAGAAAUCUCUGGGCUUCUUUCCCUCCUGGAAGACCCUGGCCCUCGCCUCGCUGGCCACGGCCACGGAAGAGCGUAAUAAUCCCUACUUCCUGCCGCCGCCGCGUCUCCUGCUGGAUGGGAGUUCAAGUUCCAGUUCCCAGGAAUCCUCAUCGGACAGCAAUCCCGAGCCAGAGGCUAGCAUUGACAUUGAUCUCAGCGUGAGUCCCUAUGGCAGCAGCAACUCCUCCUCCUCCUCGAUGGUGGACAACAGCCGUUUGGAACCGGUAAACAACGAUGUGAUCGAUGAGAUUGAGAAUGAGGUGGCCCGUGCUCAUGAUCUCCUGGACUUGGAGCUAUCCGGACCCGGUUUCCAUCGCAGUCCAGCGGCAGCGGCUGCCACAUCGGCGGUGUCCCAGCAGCAUUUGAGCAGCCUGUACGCCAGCAUGCCGUCCGGUGUCCGUUCGGCCAUAGUGGCCAGCUCGGCGAUAGUCAUCACAGCCCUGGCCACCUUUCUGGUGGUCUUUGUCGUCUGUCGGUGGAAGCAGCAGCGUCGCCGCAAGAGCAGCUAUCUCCGGACUUACAAUGCGAUGAAGAGCAAGCUGCCGCAGAUGGUUCAACCAUCGCGUCGCUCCUCGAUGCGCCAGCACAUGGAGGAGCUUGUCAUAGGCUCGGGGUCGAGUCCAGGCAUUGCCAGCAUCUCCACAUCGGUGGCCUGCUGUACGCCUGUCCAUCAACUGCAGCAGCGUCAGAGUUCUUCGCUGCUCUUUGGACGUGGCGAUGGUUCGGCCACCUUGAGCACCACCACCGCCACCUCCCUAACCGCCAACACGAAUACGAAUAUUUCAACAGGCACAACGUCAGGAGCGGCGGCUGCAGCGGCGACUUCAUCAUCAUCAUCAGCAUCGUUGGAGGUACAGCAGCUUAGUGGAGGAGGAGUAGGAGGAGUACGUGUACUGCGCAGUGCCCAUCAGAAGCUCAACACCAUGGAUCCCAAUUCGCCAGAGGUGCAGGAAUACCUAUUCGACACGCUGCGCAAGUCCUUUGACAAUUAGGCAAUAGGCUAUAGGCUAUAUAGCUCCUCUAGGAACAAAUAGACCGUUGUUUAGGCCAAGUUUUAUAUAAAUGUACACACCACAUCACACUACAUCACACACACUCCCGCCCCAGUCAUACCCUAUAAAGGCCAAGGAGCUCAAGUUAGUCGAUUAAUUAGUUUAAGAGCAGGUGAAACGAAAGGUGGAGUUUUUUUUUUUGAGGUCGAUUUAGAGGAACAUUCUGUGAGAGAAAAGUAAAACUAACAAAAGAAAAGAUACAAGAAAUACAUUUAGGAGAGUGCGUGGCAUGGCCAAGGGUUGGUUUAAAAAUUAAGAAAAAAGAAAUAAGAACAAAGGAAAUAUUAUAUAAUUAUAAUUCUUAAUUUUUGAGUAUAAGAAAUAGAGUUUGGAAAAUCUGUAAGCUUUCUUUUAAUUUCCCAACAAAAAUCUUGAAUUUAUAAAGAGAGCUUUUCAGUUGAGAGCUCGAAUUUCGAGAGCUAACAAAUAAUUACUCCUUCUAGAGAAUUUUAGAGAGAGAGAGAGGAAUUUUGUUGCAAUAUGAAAAUGUUUGGUCUCUCAAUACCAUCUUAAAAAAAAUAGAGAGCGAAGAUGAAGAGAGAAAAGAAGUUACACUUCUCCAAGAUCAUCUGGAUCAUCCAGAGAGAGUGAGAAAGAGAAGUAGAACGAGAGAACGUUGUGCUAAUCGCUGACUUAAAAUGUACAUUAAAGCUCUCUCAAGUAAAAAAUUAACGCUCUCUUAAUAACAUCUUCAACAAGAAAGUAUAGAAAAACGAGAGAUACUUCAUUAAAUGCUAGCACAGCACAAUGAGAGUAAGAACUUACGCUCCUUGAAGAUCAUCCUGCAGAGAGAGGAAGCAAUUCGGUUGAGAGCUUACACCCAGAGAGUCAAAUGUAACGCUCUCUCAAUAAUAUCUUUUAAAGAAAGAGAGAGCUAUUUUUGUCAGAGAAAGAAGAAAGACAAACAAGUUAAGAACUAAAUCUUAUUUAUUUUAGCUGUUUUUUUUUAAAUCUAUUGAUUUAAAGCAACCCACGAUCAUGUCGCGCACUGUCUGCUAGUCUCUAAGCUCGGCAAACUAUCGUUUCCAACUAACUAGAAUCUAAAUUACGAGUAUAAAACCAACAACUAAAGGCACACUCUUUCAACUAAAUCAUAAAAUGGGUUUCUUAAGCACAAAACAAACAAAAAAACAACACACACAAAUAAUCGGAAACACACAAGAAAAUAGAAACAGAAUCUUGGCCAAAAAGUCGAAUAUAUAUUAAAAUUCGGGAAAAAAGAGAGAACCAAGAGAAGAAGAAAAGUAAAACCAUUUAUGAGGACAAUAAAAAAUAUUAAAGGAAAGAGAAAAACUGUGUUCGAGACUAUUUAAACAAAGAGGCAACCAAAAAAAAGAAAAUUCAAUUUCGAAUUAGAUCAAGGCAAAGUCAUAGAUGGGCACAAAAAAAAAAAAAACAAAAGCUACAACAACAACACGAAUAGUUUCAAAGUUUAAAAUGCACUGCAAGAAAAGCAACAAAAAUACUUGUGUUUUUAUUUUGUAGAGCAGAAGACACUUUAUUUGUUCGAUUCUCAAUGCCCCCCUCUCACACACACCUUAGGCAGUAGAAGAACAUCUGGC